ACUUCUCGCUGCAGAUGGUGCUGCGGUGGUGGGACGGGGGGCUCUACCGCUUCCGCUCCGAGUCGGAGGCCACGGGCUGGUUCGAGCUGCGCGUGGUCGAGCCGCUCUCCAAGCCAGAAAUCCUGGGCAACUCGUCGGUGGAGGUGGGAGGUGCCACCAAGCUUUUCUGCAGCUUGCUGGAGGGGCAGGUGGACUUGUACUGGUGGAAGAGGAACGGGGAGCUGCUGAUGGAGAGCAACGGCCUCCAGUUCAUCCACAACAACACGCUGGAGAUCCACCGAGCCUUGAUGAACGACACCGGCUACUACACGUGCAUAGUCAGCAACACGGUCAGCCGGAACGAAACCUCCUUCCUGCUGCGCGUGCACAACAACGACAAAGCGUUUUACAUCAGCAUCCUGGUGUUCGUGUGCAUCGGCUUGCUGGCAGGGAUCUUCAACUGGCGCAGGCUGAGGAACAUCGCUGAUGUGUAAGGUGCCUUCAUUUCUGAACAUUUAUCACUGGAAAGCCAGAGGUUUCAUUGUCCUCAUCUUUAACCCUAUGGAGACACCUCUUUGGAGUGGAAGUGCAUCAAAGAGAAGGUCAAAUCACAUCCUAUGGUGGGCGCGACUGCUACACCAUCCUAAACCAUUUUCAUGGUGAAAAUCCUAGCAGCAUUCUCUGAAAGGGGAGUUAGAGCUGACAUGCAGAAUAACAAAAAAUUCCAGUGAAGCUG